GUCGCGCGUCUCUGCUUGCAGGUCAGAGUUUGGGUUACGGUUUCGUCAACUAUCACCGGCCUGAAGAUGCCGAAAAGGCUAUAAACACGCUCAAUGGUCUUCGUUUACAGAACAAAACCAUCAAGGUGUCGUACGCGAGACCGAGCAGCGAGGCGAUCAAAGGCGCGAAUCUGUACGUGAGCGGUUUGCCGAAAAAUAUGGCGCAGCAGGAUUUGGAGAAUCUCUUCAGUCCUUACGGCAGAAUUAUCACGUCGCGGAUAUUGUGCGACAACAUCACCGUACGACAGUUUGUGACCGGCGGCGGAGACAAUUUGCCCGGCCUGUCGAAGGGCGUCGGCUUCAUAAGGUUCGAUCAGCGCGUCGAGGCCGAGCGGGCGAUCCAAGAGCUGAACGGCACCAUACCGAAGGGCUCGUCCGAGCCGAUCACCGUCAAGUUCGCCAACAAUCCCAGCAACAACAACAAGGCGAUACCGCCGUUGGCCGCCUAUCUCGCACCACAGGCCACGCGGCGCUUCGGCGGGCCGAUCCACCAUCCGACCGGCCGCUUCAGGUACAUUCCACUGUCGCCACUAUCCAGGUACCUACUCGCCUCUACUCGCUCUACCCAAGGAUUUUCACUAUCUUUCUAACUCUUCUUCGUCUCUGCUCUGUCUCUUUCUCUCUUUCCGCUUCAUUCUUACGGCUUCCGUUACGACAUUUCCGUCGGAGAGUGUUGCGCGGAACGAUUGGUCGCGGUUGUUAAGACGAUGCUGAUGUUCUGGAUACUCUCCAGCACGGACGUACGCGAAUCAAACAUCGCGACCGAUCGGCUGCAAUAUCGUUUUCCCGCUUUUCUUUCACUUCUCUAUUGAUUGAUUUAUCUGAUAAUUCUUCAGCUAUAUAAAUUGAGUUCUCUCUACUGAGUUAUUUAUCCAUGGAUCUUUCCUUAUUCGUCCACCUAUCUAUCCAAUUAUCCGUUUAUUUUUUUUUUAUUUUUCUCUCUAAGAACUAUCUCUAACUAUCUAGCAUAUACUAUUCGUCUUCUUCCUUCUAUUUUCUCUCUUGACACACA